AUGGACAAAGCAUGGACUAAACUCCCAAGACAUUGGAAGACAUAUAGGAAAGGUGUUAGGUCUUUUUUAGAUUUUGCGUAUACCAAAGGAAGACCUCAAGGACGUGAAAUUUCUUGUCCUUGUGCUCAUUGUGCAAAUUGUAAAUGGGCAAGAAGACAUGUGGUUCACGACCAUUUAAUAGCUGCAGGUUUUGUAGAAGGAUAUGAUGUUUGGGUAAAUCAUGGAGAGGAUAUAUCAUCACCUAUGACAAUUAACAAGGAUACAAAAGAGCAAGAUAACUCACUUGAUGACAUUGAUGGCUUAUUGUAUGACACAUUUAGAAAUGUGGUUGAAGAAGAGGAAAAUAAUGAAGGUCCCAAUGAGGAUGCGAGAAAGUUCUACAAGUUGAUUAAUGAGGCAAAACAAGAGCUAUACCCUGGAUGUGAAAGCUUCUCUACUCUAUCGUUCAUAAUUCGUCUUUACUUGUUGAAGUGUUUGCAUGGAUGGAGCAAUGCAUCAUUUACUUCCCUUUUAGAGUUAUUGAAGGAAGCGAUUCCAGAUUUAAACAUUCCUGAAUCCUUUAACAAAACAAAGGCUUCUCGAUGGAAGGAGUUUCCUGAAGUGGAUGGUGAAUCUUAUGAGCAUGCGAAAUAUGAUCAUAAAGUCCAUGCUAAGGUUUUAAGACAUUUUCCAUUGAUUCCACGAUUUCAAAGGUUAUUUAUGUGUUCAAAGACAGCAAAGGAAAUGAGGUGGCAUGAAGAAGAACGCUCAAAGGAUGGAAAAUUAAGGCAUCCCGCGGAUGGACAAACAUGGAAGGAUUUUGAUAAACUUCAUCAUGAAUUUGCUUCUGAGCCUCGAAACCUAAGACUUGGCUUAUCUAGUGACGGCUUCAAUCCUUUCCGGACCAUGAGCUUAUCACACAGUACAUGGCCUGUCAUGAUAGUAAUAUACAACUAUCCUCCUUGGUUAUCCAUGAAAUCUGAAUAUACAAUGUUGUCAUUGUUGAUUCCUGGGCCACAAUCACCGGGGAACGACAUUGAUGUGUACCUUCAACCAUUAAUUGAGGAGUUAAAGGAGUUAUGGGAUUUAGGAGUAGAUGCAUAUGAUGCCUCAAAAAAUCAAACAUUUAAAAUUCGUGCAGCCCUUCUAUGGACUAUUAGUGAUUAUCCUGGAUAUGCUAUGUUAUCAGGUUGGAGCACCAAAGGAAAGUUGGCAUGUGCGUGUUGCAAUCAUAACACUGAGUUGUCGUAUUUAAAGAACAACCACAAGAUGUGCUACAUGGGUCAUCGCGUCUUUUUACCGAUGAGUCAUGCAUGGAGGUCAAAUAAAAGGUCCUUUAAUGGAAGGAAAGAACUUAGGUCUGCACCUUCUUUGUUAAAAGGAACAGAAAUUAUGGAAACCUUAAAAGACUUUAAGAAUGAAUUUGGUAAAAAAAAGAAGAAGAAAAGAGAUGGUCCAUGGAAGAAGAAGUCAAUAUUUUUUGAGUUACCUUAUUGGGCUGAGAAUACAUUACGUCAUAAUCUUGAUGUGAUGCACAUUGAAAAAAAUAUAUUUGACAAUAUUAAUGGGACUCUUUUAGACAUACCGGGAAAGACAAAAGAUCAUGUUAAUGCUCGUUAUGAUUUGAAAGAUAUGGGAAUUAGAAAGAAGCUUCAUCCAAAAGAGAUUGGUCGAGGUCGUGCAGUGAUUGCGAAAUCUUGUUUUUCAAUGAGCGCACAUGAAAAGACUAUUUUUUGCGGUGUUUUGAAGGCUGCCAAAUUGCCAUAUGGGAUUGCAUCAAACAUUUCAAAGUGUGUGCAUAUUAGUAAUAAGAAAGUAUUUGGCUACAAGAGUCAUGACGCACAUUUCAUGUUACAUUACUUAUUACAAGUAGCGGUAAGAGGCACCUUGCCAAAUGUAGUGGCUGAACCUCUAAUUCGCUUAGGGUCAUUUUUCCGCGCUUUGUGUAAAAAAGUUAUCCAAGAGCAAGAUUUGAAUUUCUUAGAAGCUGAGAUUGCAGAUAUUCUCUGUCAAAUGGAGAUGAUUUUUCCUCCAAGUUUUUUUGAUAUAAUGGUUCAUCUGACUAUUCAUUUGGCAAAUGAAGUUAGAUUGGGCGGUCCGGUUCAAUUUCGAUGGAUGUAUCCCACUGAAAGAAACUUAUGCAAACUUAAAAGUUAUGUUCGUAAUAGAGCUCAUCCCGAAGGAUCUAUUGCUGAGGCAUAUUUGGCUGAAGAAGCUUUGACUUUUUGCUCAAGAUAUUUGCAUGAUAAUGUAGACACAAGGUUGAAUAGAAAGAGUCGAAAUUAUGACAAUAGUGAUUUGUGUGAUGUGGAUUUAAGCGAUUACUUUUCAUGUAUUGGUCGUUCUUUAGGUGGGAAGAAAAAUGGUAAACCAUUUUUUCUAGAUUCAACUACAAAAGCCCAAGCCCAUCGAUACCUUUUGUUCAAUUGUGAUGAAGUUAACACAUUCAUCAGGGAACAUGAUGAUAUUGUCAGUAGUCAAACUAAAGGACGUAGGUGGGUCAAGGCCAAAACCCAAAGUCACGAUUUUAGUGAAUGGUUUAAAACUCGAGCCUUGAAAGAUGAUGUAUCAAUUCAGCUACAAGAUUUCUCUAGAGGUCCAUGUGAUACAGCAAAGAGGUUUUCAGGUUACCUCAUUAAUGGAUAUAGAUUCCAUACAAUGAAACGAGAUGCAAGACGCGAAACUCAAAAUUCAGGUGUAACUUUGGUUUCAUUGACUCCAAGUUUUGCAAGCUCCAAGGAUGAAAAUCCUAAGAUAGAAGUUGUCACUUAUUAUGGAGCAAUUGGAGAUAUAAUUGAGUUAGACUAUUACUCUCAAUUCAGCUUUGUGUUGUUUAAAUGUGAUUGGUUCGAGGUAGAAGAAGACAAAUAUGGGCUUACUUGUGUAUAUUUCAACAAAAAAAGUUACCAAAAUGAACCUUUUGUUCUGCCAUCUCAAGUGCAUCAAUGUUUCUAUGCCCAAGAUCCACUUGAUGCAAGCAGACAAUAUGUCAUGAAAACAGAUCCUAGAGAUUUAUAUAGUAUGGGUGACCUACCAGAUUUAAUGGCCCAAGAAUCUUAUCAAAGUGAUCCUUUUGAUGCUGAACUUAAUUGGGUUAGGGAAGAUAUACCUGGAACAAUUGUUGAUAAGCCUCCACCUUUUAUGCAAGAGACAAGAUAUGAAGAUGAUGAACUAAAUUUUUUGUGUUUAAAUAUUUUGCAGAACAAAUGA